UGUGCACUUUCAUAGCCACUGUAUCCAUAGCGGAGAGCUCCUCCUAAUGCACGCAUCAUAUUCGAGUUGAUCUGUUCUCGUCACGUUGAAUCCAGUUUGGAGCUUUAUUUUGAUCGUACAGAAUGUCAUGAGACGCAUGGAGUAGAAAAUCAAGAUGGAAAACUUCAACAUGACAUGUCUGUGGAUUGUUUUUGCAUCGUAUUUGAUUUUUCUACCACUCACAGGGUGGUGUAAACCCGUCAUCUCCCCCAGUGGGCCUCAUAUAGUUAUUCCCAAGCGUGGCAAGCUGGAGCUCUAUUGCCAUGACAAUGCCACCACACCUGGUGCUACAUCCAGGUUGAGGUGGCAGAGGGAAAACGCUCGCAGACUUGAGGGGGAGGCGGAGGAGGCCGGCGCUGCUAUUGUCAAGGUGCCCGCAGUGCAAAACUACCACAUGGGCCGCUACGUGUGCAUCAAUAACAGUACACGGGAGCGUGCGUCCAUCUACGUAUAUGUGAAAGACCCUGUCAGUGCCUUCCAGCGCACCAUGGUCAACGUCAUCCUGGUGCGUGCGGGCGAGAACUGCACCAUUCCCUGCCUGGUGACCAACCCGGACGUCACGCUGCUGGCUUUGCAGACGUGUGACGGGCGACCUUUGCCCUCCGCCAUGAGUUAUUGGACCCACCACGAGCAAGGGGUUAUCAUCGGCAAUGUGAGCAGGGCUUUUGAAGGAUGCUACGUGUGCGUGGGAGAGCUCGGAGCAAAGAAAGUGACAUCGAGCCAAUACACCGUGGACGUGCGGCUGGUUCCAGAGGUGCUUCCGGUUAUCGCACUGUCCCAGAGAGACAAGGUUAUCUUGCGCAACGGGGAGAAGUUUGAGCUUACUUGUAGCUCUUCCAAUGUCAACCCAGACUUUAGUGUCAAAUGGGACUAUCCAUCAACGGCGCAUCCAGAUGAAGUUCACACCUCCCACAUCCUUUUCGGGUCUCGAGAUUAUCAACGGACCUCCCGGCUCUUGAUAGGAUCAGUAAGACGAACAGACUCGGGGAUGUACCGCUGCUCGGCCCACAAUGAGAAAGGCGGGAGCUCCAGAGCGUUGCACCUGAAUGUCUGCGAUAAAGGCUUCAUUACCAUGUUAAGUCCCCCGAGUCCCGUCCAGGCCAGUGUGCGUGAGGGGGAAAGCCUAGUUCUUAGAGUGGAGUUAGAAUCCUAUCCAUCACCCAGCGUUCUGUCUUGGUCUUACAAUGACAAACGUCUGCUCAAUACCACAGAGCAUGUCAUCACUAUCCACCAACGCAAAUACAGGUACAUUAGUGAGCUGAAACUUGUGAGGGUUCUUGGCUCCGAGGGCGGCGUCUAUAAAUUCUCAGCCGGUCACGAAGACGCGUCCGUCGACCAUCUAUUUCACGUAUACGUCAAUAGCAAGCCGGUCAUCAUCGCCCAGGAAGGGCCGGUCGAUGGUCAGGUGCGGUGCGUCGCUGCCGGUCACCCAGUUCCAAAAAUCAGCUGGUACAUCUGUGACGUUCCCAACACGAGGUGUUCCCACCUACCCAAUGCCACCCAAUGGGAGACUACGGAUGUCGCAAUCGUGACAGAGUCCACCUAUAGUAGGAGUGAAGUGGAGAGCCGAUUGAACAUCAGCAAGGAGCAUGGCAACUAUCAUACACUGGAGUGCGUGGCCUCGACAGAGCAGGAGGAAGCGUACAUGCUCUUCUCCAUCAGCGAGCGACUCGUCCCGCAUGAACUGUUCACCCCACUUCUAACCGGCACGGUGGUCACUGGUGCUUUCCUCGGCUUCUUUGUUGUGGUGCUGCUCUAUAUGUACAGGCAGAAACCGAAAUUCCAAAUCCAGUGGAAAGUCAUCGAGAGUAUCCAUGGCAACAACUACAUUUACUUUGACCCCACCCAACUUCCCUACGACUCUAAAUGGGAAUUUCCUCGGCAGAAGUUACGCUUUGGUAAGACUCUAGGUUCUGGAGCUUUUGGGAAAGUGGUGAGGGCCACGGCGUACGGCCUUUGCUCAGCUGACACGGUCACGACGGUCGCCGUCAAGAUGCUCAAAUCCAACGCUCACGCCACGGAGAAGGAAGCGCUGAUGUCAGAACUGAAAGUGCUCAGUUACCUCGGCAACCACAUGAACAUCGUCAACCUGCUGGGAGCCUGCACGGUCGGAGGUCCAAUUUUAGUGAUCACUGAAUACUGUUGCUAUGGCGACCUACUCAACUUCCUGCGCAGGAAAAGAGAGUCCUUCCUAAAUUCCCAAACGGGCAAUGGUUACUAUCGCAACGUCUCCAAGAAAACAGAGCCUGCAAGCAGAGAUGUGCUGGGUACCGAAUAUAUGCCGAUGCGCUCUUCGGACAAAGAAAGGUCCUCGCAGUCAGAUGAUCCAGAGGAGCUUUCUCUGGCUGCUGAAGAUCUUUUGAGCUUCUCCUACCAGGCGGCCAAAGGGAUGGAGUACAUCACGUCUAAAAACUGCAUCCACAGGGACCUCGCCGCCAGAAAUGUUCUUCUGACUCACGGCAGGGUGGCCAAGAUCUGUGACUUUGGCUUGGCACGGGACAUCACCACUGAUUCUAGCUACGUGCUUCGUGGCAAUGCACGUCUUCCAGUCAAAUGGAUGUCUCCAGAGAGCAUCUUUGAUUGUGUCUACACAUAUGAGAGUGAUGUGUGGUCCUACGGCAUCUUGCUAUGGGAAAUCUUUUCAUUGGGUAACAGUCCAUAUCCUGGGAUGCAGGUAGGCUCGGCAUUUUACAGAAUGAUUCAAGAGGGCCACAGGAUGAACAAGCCAGAUUUCGCUCCCGUUGAGAUGUAUGACAUGAUGCUCUCAUGCUGGAAUCAGGACCCUUUGAAAAGGCCCUCUUUCAGAAAACUGGUAGAGAGGACUGAGCUUCUUCUGUCGGAAAAUACCCGGAACGUUUACCUGAGGCUGAGCAAUGCUGCCGGUCCUUCAGACAAUCAGAGGGCGACAUCACGAAGGCUGAGCUCCGUCUGCAGCACCACGGCCCCCAACCAGCCUUUACUGCAGAAUACCGCAGAUGUCUUCAUGGACUAUGUCUGAAGAAAUUCACACAAAUAGGUUACAUUUGAACUGGAGUAAUCUUCAGCUGCAUGUACGCGGCGAGUCCUGCAGCCACACAUUCCACAAACAUGGCCGACAUGCUGUGCUGGAACUUUAUUUUGCUACGGGGGUUCGAGAUUUUGCCAUCAUUUCAAAGACGUCUGAGUCUUGAUGAUUUAUACUAGUAAAAGUACUUUCGUACUGAAUCCUACUAAAGUCUAAUAGGAACAGGCUGCCUACUUGCACAUUGCUGUUUAAUCUUGACAGACGAUUUUUACAGAAAGUGUAUAUUUUUCUCUUUUAACAAAUAUUACAAGCGUUUCGAUCUUUCUAUGAACAAAAUCCCAUCUUAACAUAGUGAAGAACAGUUAUUUAUAUCUAAAUAUUCCCAUGCCACAAUUAUCACAAUUCAGCUUUUAAUUUCAAAUUUGUUAUGAAUAUAAUCUAACAAUAAAUUCCCAGAGCAGUGAUGAAAUUAUAUAAUUAGGUAACAUACAAUCAUUUAACCAUACAUCUGAAGCCUUUUCAUAGUCUUGAGGGCCCUCUGCCUGGAGACAAAUGCCAAAUCUUACUGGAAAAUAGAUUAGAAUGUUAACAAAAACGACCCAUCAUGUACAACGGGGAAAUAGUGGGGGUCAUCAUAUUUUAAACUUGCAGUUGUUGCUGGCUACAGCUUUAUUGUUUGUUUGGAUUGGCAUGAGCAAGCAGCUUGACAGCCAUCUUAGUUUCGCAUUAGCUUAAUGACAAGAAACAGAAAGAAAAACUUAUUCCUAGAUUGAAUCACCAAAGACACUUAGCAUUCAAACUUUGAAAACAGAAUUAAUUUGCUUCGUUCUAAAAAGUAGCAAGCAACCGCACACGAAGAGCUAAAAGUAGCUUGUUAAAUAAGUACCGUUUUUUUCCAUGUAUAAUGCGCCCCCAUGUAUAAUACGCACCCUAAAAAUGGCAUGUUGAUGCUGGAAAAAAGCCUUUAUCCAUGUAUAAUACGCACCCAAAUUUUGACUCCUACUUAAGUCCGUAAACGUAAAAUUAUUUCAGAAAAAAGAUGAUCUUUGGGAACAACCGGAUGUUAUUCUGCCGGUCAGUAUCACUGCGCAUGCGCUAGCAAACUCAAUAGCAAAGAAAUGUUUCGGAUUUGUGUAGGGUACAUAGUGACCGUAAACGAGCAGGUGAUCGAGCAAGCGUCUGAUACGAGAGCAUUGUGUUCGUAUGGAGCGUGUUUGAAGUAAACAGCAGAGAAGAAAGCGCAUCUGUAAUGGCGGCCUCCGUAUGAUAUCCGGAUAAAAAAAAAAAAAAAAUGUACCCACGUAUAAUGCGCACUCCAGAUUUUAGGACAAUAAAUUAGUUAAAUUUUGCGCAUUAUACAUGGAAAAAAACGGUAGUACCUUACCUUAGCAUCAAGACUGUUUCCCAAUGUGGCUUGUUAGCUACCGCAGCAUGAGAAAAAAAAUGAAAACAUAACCCCCCUCACUGCAACACAUAUUUUAGCAUCAAAACAAGAAGCAUAAAAACUGAAACGCUUAUUGUUCAAAUCCUAAAUAGCUGCUUUCUUUGGUGCUAAAUAUUCUGCUUGAUGCUGCUUUGUAGUUAAUGUGCAACGUUUUCCUUACAAAUCAUCAGUUCAUUGGGAGAACAAUCAUCAAAUUGUCCUUAAGUAAAUCCAAGCCAAUAUGUGAUGUGUCAAAACGACAUGCAAGCACUAAUUCCUUAUAAAGAACCUCAAAAAGUUAAAAAGAAAGAAAAAGGCUGGAUGUUACCAAUUGUGAGUUGACUACUGUAACGGACAAAAACGGUUGGUCAGAUGAAUGUAUUUUGUGAAAUUGGCCUAAUCUUGGUUUAGUGUGGAGGACUAAGUGAUUGACUGAUUGAUGUGUGUGUUUCAUUUGGUGUUACAUGUGUACGUACUGUAAAUACAAUAGAUAUGUGCCUUUAGAUUUUGACUGGCUAUGUCUGGUUGUCACGAGGGUUCAGGCUCUGCUCAGGAGGUCCCUGCGGUUUUGAUACAGUUUGUUGACUUGUAAUAAUAAAGAAAGUACCAGUGAUGGUAGAGGCAA